GGAGCAAAUGCUGAAGGAGUUCCAAAAAGACUGACCUUUGAAGAAAUUCAGAGCAAGACAUACAUGGAAGUAAAGGGAACUGGAACUGCUAACCAAUGCCCAACAAUUGAAGGAGGUUUUGAAACCUUUGCAUUCAAGCCUGGCAAAUAUAAUGCCAAGAAAUUCUGCUUAGAGCCAACUUCAUUCACUGUAAAAGCAGAAGGUGUAAACAAGAAUUCACCACCAGCAUUCCAGAAAACCAAACUAAUGACGCGAUUAACCUACACUCUUGAUGAAAUCGAAGGGCCAUUAGAAGUAUCUUCCGAUGGCAAUGUUAAGUUCGAGGAAAAAGAUGGAAUUGAUUAUGCUGCGGUCACAGUUCAACUUCCUGGUGGCGAGCGCGUCCCCUUCCUUUUUACAAUCAAACAACUUGCAGCAAGUGGCAAACCGGAAAGCUUUAGUGGUGAAUUCCUCGUGCCAUCAUACAGAGGUUCGUCGUUCCUUGACCCAAAGGGACGAGGUGGAUCAACCGGCUAUGAUAACGCGGUUGCAUUGCCUGCUGGAGGCAGAGGAGAUGAAGAGGAACUUGAGAAGGAAAAUGUAAAGAACACAUCAUCUUCAACAGGAAAAAUUACUUUGAGUGUAACUAACAGCAAGCCUGAUACUGGUGAGUUGAUUGGUGUAUUUGAGAGUAUUCAGCCAUCUGAUACUGAUUUGGGAGCAAAGGUUCCUAAGGAUGUAAAAAUCCAGGGAAUUUGGUAUGCACAACUUGACUCAUAGAGACUCUACAGUUUAUGUUUUAUUUUUGUUUGGAUUUUGUUGUAAGGUACGAGGUAGAACUUGAACAAUCAUAGAGACAAGUAUCUUAAUGUAUAUUAUCAAGAAGAAGAAAUUCAAUGCGAUAUAGUGAGUUGCAAAUCCUUUAAACAAA